CUCUUGCCGAAUAUCCCGCUUUACUCCGAACCUUUCUACGACCUAUUUUGAUAUGAUACGUGAUUACUUCUUCGAAAAGGCAAAAUCAAAAGUCACGGAGCAUUGUAACUCGUUAUUUGGACCUUUAGCAGAACGCGACGAAAACGAAGUUCCUGUUAAUCUCCAGCCUAAGAAACGCCAGGGUAAGAAUAAGCUUACUAAUAGUGUCACGGACAUAUACGAUCUAUACCUAUAUCUAACAGAUAAUGUAGAUGUGUUCCCAAAGGGGGUUUUGAGUACGAACAGUUUCCUGCCCGAGGUAACCAUGUCAAGGGAGGCCUCUAAUAACAUGCAUCGUAAUGAACGAGCUGCAUCUAUGGAUGUUACAAUAACCGUACUAACACAAAGGGUAAAGGAGCUAGAAGUUGAGAGGGAUUCUAUGAGAAAGGACAUUUGUACUUUGUCUUCGAAACUUGACCAGAUCACGGGAACAUGUAAAACGUUGCAAUCUGAACUUGGAAAGCUGACCCAGAAUACGAACUCUAUACAGGGCAAUCUAGCAUCUAUCACACGUUUUGUAACUAGCUCUAAACCUUCCGACCUUGUUAAUUCCAGUGCACCCCCUAAACAAACUCAACAGGUAAUGGCUAAUUUUGCCAAAUCUUCUAUAACGGAAUUGAAUGCUAGUAAGCCGCUGAGUACGCCAAAUGACCCAGACGUCCCGGAUUAUACCGACGGGUCAAAUAAUGUAAACAAUAACACUAGACCUGAAUCGACCCAGGUCAGUGCAAUCCCAGCUGGUGAUGUCAACCGCAGUCGAACUGAUCUUCAUAUGGAUACCCCUGGCACAUCGCAAAAUGCCAUUUUGCCACAUACACUGCUGCCCUCCCAAUGUUCCGCAGAUCAGCAUGGUUGUAAUAAACUGAAUGGUGAACCCUCUAAACAACGUAGAAGCUCGACACCUCGAAGCAGUCCCCAGAAAGUGACGUAUACGAGAACGCAAACCCCCACGCCCCCCAGACCACCUAGAUCGAAUCUUAACCUGAAUACGCCCCAGGGGUCAAGUGGGCAGGUGACCUAUGGCGUGACGGACACCGGUGUAUGGCGCGGCCCACCUCCAACGGAUCGCGGAAUAUGGAAGGGCCCCGACCCACCUGGCAAGGAAUGGCAAACGUGGCUCGGAAAUAAUCAGCUUCGGCGAAAGAAGGCGGCGGCGAAACAAAAGGAAUAUGUCAACACGGUCCCCACAAGACCCGAUACAACGCGUGACAACGCCAGUACACGACCCAGAAGCAGUGGCCUAAGAGGAAUUGAGUAUGAGGAAGUGAGGGUACUUUAUUUAGAAAAUAUUUAUCAAUCAAGUGAGGAGGACGACGAGGAUACAAUCAAUAAUGUGAAACGUUUUGCAGUGGAUAAUAAUAUUAGAUUGAAACAAAUACAUGUUGUGCAUAACCGGAUUUCUUGUGACAAAGUUGGAUGUAAAAUAACGAUACCUAAACACCAGGUAGAUAGGGCUUUGUGUGUUGACUUGUGGCCUGUUCCUAUUAGAUGUAGGGAAUGGGAACGUCGGAGACGACGUUAUGUUGACAACGAUGACAGAAGUGACGUUGAUUUGAGGCCGAGAUACAACUUUUAACUAUGUGUUUCACCUUCAAGAUUAUUCUCUUAUUGCAUCUACUCUUUGUUGUCACUUUAAUACAGUUAAUGGUAUCAAUAUCGCAAUGGAACAUAAAUGGUCUGAAUUCAUCGGAGGUGUACCUGAGAGAUCUUCUUAGAUCGAGUGAUAUAGUUGCUGUUUCAGAGCACCGUUUAUUUGAAUGUAACCUUAAUAAAUUGAGCUCUGUAGACUCUGAUUUUAAUACUCUUGCUUUUAGCUGUAAAUCACUUGACUCAAUGCAAUGCGGGCUAACAUGGGGACAUGGAGGCAUAGCCUUAUUGUGGCGAAAAUCUUUAAAAUACCCCGUGUCACCGAUUAGAAAAUUCUGCACUGAUAGAAUCGCAUG